AGGCAGGCAGUCCGCGAGCUCCAGCAGCUGGCCGCCGCCACCGCCGCCAGCAGCAGCUACCGCGAGCAGCGCCGCGGCGGAACCGGGCGCAGGGGAGCGAGCCCGGCCCCGCCAGCCCAGCCCAGUCCGGCCCGACUCCCUCCCCACGCCGGGGCAGGAGCAGCAGCCGCCACCGCCGCCCCGAGAGAAGGUGGAGGAAGAAAUCCAGCUUGUAGCACGCGCGCACCAUCAUGGACCAUUAUGAUUCCCAGCAAACCAACGACUACAUGCAGCCCGAAGAGGACUGGGAUCGAGACCUGCUCCUGGACCCGGCCUGGGAGAAGCAGCAGAGAAAGACGUUCACGGCAUGGUGCAACUCCCACCUUCGCAAGGCGGGGACGCAGAUCGAGAACAUCGAGGAGGACUUCCGGGACGGACUGAAGCUCAUGCUGCUGCUGGAGGUCAUCUCAGGGGAGCGCUUGGCCAAGCCGGAGAGAGGCAAAAUGAGAGUGCACAAGAUCUCCAACGUCAACAAGGCCCUGGAUUUCAUCGCCAGCAAGGGAGUCAAGCUCGUGUCCAUUGGAGCCGAAGAAAUCGUGGAUGGGAAUGUGAAAAUGACCCUGGGCAUGAUCUGGACCAUCAUCCUCCGCUUCGCCAUCCAGGACAUCUCUGUGGAAGAGACUUCCGCGAAGGAGGGGCUGCUCUUGUGGUGUCAGAGAAAGACGGCCCCUUACAAAAACGUCAACAUCCAGAACUUCCACAUAAGCUGGAAGGACGGCCUCGGCUUCUGUGCCUUGAUCCACCGACACCGGCCUGAGCUGAUUGACUAUGGGAAGCUGCGGAAGGAUGACCCACUCACAAAUCUGAACACAGCCUUUGAUGUGGCAGAGAAGUACCUAGACAUCCCCAAGAUGCUGGAUGCUGAAGACAUCGUCGGAACCGCCCGACCGGAUGAGAAAGCCAUCAUGACUUACGUGUCCAGCUUCUACCAUGCCUUCUCCGGAGCCCAGAAGGCGGAGACAGCAGCCAAUCGCAUCUGCAAGGUGUUGGCCGUCAACCAGGAGAACGAGCAGCUUAUGGAAGACUAUGAGAAGCUGGCCAGCGAUCUGCUGGAGUGGAUCCGCCGCACCAUCCCGUGGCUGGAGAACCGGGCGCCGGAGAACACCAUGCACGCCAUGCAGCAGAAGCUGGAGGACUUCCGGGACUACCGGCGUCUGCACAAGCCGCCCAAGGUGCAGGAGAAGUGCCAGCUGGAGAUCAACUUCAACACGCUGCAGACCAAGCUGCGCCUCAGCAACCGGCCCGCCUUCAUGCCCUCCGAGGGCAGGAUGGUCUCGGACAUCAACAAUGCCUGGGGCUGCCUAGAGCAGGCAGAGAAGGGCUACGAGGAGUGGCUGCUGAACGAGAUCCGGAGGCUGGAGCGGCUCGACCACCUGGCAGAGAAAUUCCGGCAGAAAGCCUCCAUCCACGAGGCCUGGACGGACGGCAAAGAGGCUAUGCUACGGCAGAAGGAUUACGAGACCGCCACUCUCUCGGAGAUCAAGGCCCUGCUCAAGAAGCAUGAGGCCUUUGAGAGUGACCUCGCCGCCCACCAGGACCGCGUGGAGCAAAUUGCCGCCAUCGCACAGGAACUCAAUGAGCUGGACUAUUACGACUCACCCAGUGUCAACGCCCGGUGCCAAAAGAUCUGUGACCAGUGGGAUAAUCUGGGAGCCCUAACCCAGAAGCGGAGGGAAGCUUUGGAGCGGACAGAGAAACUGCUGGAGACCAUUGACCAGCUGUACCUGGAGUAUGCCAAGCGGGCUGCACCCUUCAACAACUGGAUGGAGGGGGCCAUGGAGGAUCUGCAGGACACCUUCAUCGUGCACACCAUCGAGGAGAUCCAGGGACUGACCACAGCCCACGAGCAGUUCAAGGCCACCCUCCCUGAUGCCGACAAGGAACGCCUGGCCAUCCUGGGUAUCCACAACGAGGUGUCCAAGAUUGUCCAGACCUACCACGUCAACAUGGCGGGCACCAACCCCUACACAACCAUCACUCCUCAGGAGAUCAAUAGCAAGUGGGACCACGUGCGGCAGUUGGUGCCACGGAGGGACCAGGCCCUGACAGAGGAGCAUGCCCGCCAGCAGCACAACGAGAGGCUACGCAAGCAGUUCGCGGCCCAGGCCAAUGUCAUCGGGCCCUGGAUUCAGACCAAGAUGGAGGAGAUUGGGCGGAUCUCCAUUGAGAUGCACGGGACCCUGGAGGACCAGCUCAGCCACCUGCGGCAGUAUGAGAAGAGCAUCGUCAACUACAAGCCCAAGAUCGACCAGCUGGAGGGCGACCACCAGCUCAUCCAGGAGGCUCUCAUCUUCGACAACAAGCACACUAACUACACCAUGGAGCACAUCCGUGUGGGCUGGGAGCAGCUCCUCACCACCAUUGCCAGGACCAUCAAUGAGGUGGAGAAUCAGAUCCUGACCCGAGAUGCCAAAGGCAUCAGCCAGGAGCAGAUGAAUGAGUUCCGAGCUUCCUUCAACCACUUUGACCGGGAUCACUCCGGCACGCUGGGUCCCGAGGAGUUCAAAGCCUGCCUCAUCAGCUUGGGUUAUGAUAUUGGCAACGACCCCCAGAAGAAGACAGGCAUGAUGGACACGGAUGAUUUCCGCGCCUGCCUUAUCUCCAUGGGUUACAACAUGGGAGAGGCAGAAUUUGCCCGCAUCAUGAGCAUUGUGGACCCCAACCGCCUGGGGGUAGUGACGUUCCAGGCCUUCAUCGACUUUAUGUCUCGGGAGACGGCCGACACGGACACAGCAGACCAAGUCAUGGCCUCCUUCAAGAUCCUGGCUGGGGACAAGAACUACAUCACGGUGGACGAGCUGCGCCGAGAGCUGCCGCCGGAUCAGGCAGAGUACUGCAUCGCCCGGAUGGCCCCCUACACCGGCCCCGACGCCGUGCCCGGUGCUCUGGACUACAUGUCCUUCUCCACGGCGCUGUACGGCGAGAGCGACCUCUAACCCGCCGGCCCCCGCCAGCGCCCUCGCCCUGCCCGCUGUGCGCCACCCCCCCCCCCCCGCGCCCCCGCUGCUCCCCCGCCCGCCACCCCAGCCCGGGUUUGGUCUCCUCGCGCAGCCUCGAACCCUCGAACCGGGCGAGCCGGGACCCACGUGGCGUCGAGCCGCCCUGCCCGCAAAGUGACAGUUUACAAAAUUAUUUUCUGCAAAAAAAAGAAAAAAAAAAGUUACAUUAAAAAAAGGAAAAACAAAAAACAAA